UUUGAAGAGAAACAAACGAGCGGGGGCGUAGUCCCACGGCGAGGCCCACGCGCGUACAACGUGAGAAAGCGUUAAGAUGACCAUGGCAAGCAACAUUGUGGUCGAGUGGCUGCGGUCGCUCCACCUCGGCCAGUACUCCGAGUCGUUUAUCGAUAACGGCUACGAUGACCUUGAGAUCUGCAAGCAGAUCGGCGAUCCGGAUCUCGAUGCGAUCGGCGUUUUCAAUCAGAAGCAUCGCGCGCGUCUGCUGCAAUCGGUGAAGACUCUACGCGAGGAAGGCGCUGCGAGUGUAUACUUCACGCUGGAGGAGACGAACGACAACAGCUGCGACAACAUCAGCUCCAAGUCGUCGAGGACGUCGUCCGACAGACCACCCAGCGAUAAGGAGGCGCAACGAGCGUCGCCCACGGCCAGCUCCUCCAGCGGCGGUCAGGAGCUGACAAAGUUUGCGGACGAGUACGAGGAGGGUAAGGCCGAGCUGGUGAGAAUUCCCAGGAUGCAAUUGAGGAUGCUGCUGCAGGAGAAGCUCAGACACGACGGCAUCAGACUGGCCUGCCAACCAUACACCACACCGGAGGGCGAGAGAGGGUAUUUGGAAGGGCUUGCCUCAAGAUAUGCAGAUCUCUUCAGGACGCAUUACGGGGAUGUUCUUGAGCCGCUCGAGGAACUACGCCGGCGAGAAACAAACGCUUCCGCACGAAUGCCCAACACCCAGCUCACCACCAGUCAUUCACAGCCCAUUUACGUGCCCGGAAAAUACUCGCCCUCGAGCUGCCUCAGCGACAAGGAGGAGGACGAAAUCUAUGGCUUCGGAUACGGGGUCUUCAGCCGGCAGAUGCUCCAACAUCGACAGCAGAAACUCGCACUCGCAACACAAAACACAACUACCGCCAUGACACCGGGUGGACCUCAGGCAACCUAUCAAAGGUAA